UGUUAAUUGUAAUUUGUUGGGUAUAAAGAUGCAGGGAACCAGUCAACAAUAUCUGGCAUUUGAUUGGUUAGUUCUGAGAAAGGACUUGAAAUUGACCAAUAGUAACAACAAAUGUGCAGGCUGGUCUGGCUAACUAUGCUAGUGGCAAUGGCUAAUUAUUUUUGGAUCUAGCAGGAUACAGGUUAAAGUGAAUGAAAAAAGAAUGACAUGAGUGAGAAGUAGGGAAAUUUUUGUCACUCCAGAAAUCUUUGGAAGGUAAAAGCAAUGUUUGACAGUGGAGCCAGGAGGAGACGAAGAAAAAAUAAACAGGAACAAGUACAGAUAACAGAGUCAGAGAAUGUGGUCAAAGUUCAGAGUGACCAACCACACUUGGUCAGUGUUGGAAGUGGACGUUUCUCUACUGCUGUCACAAUCCUUCCACUUCAACAAGGAAGGACAAAUAUUGGCACCACAGACGCAGAUACUCAUCCAGAUAUUGCAAUUACUGGGACAGGUGUGGAAACAGAACAUUGUUACAUUGAAAACCAAGAUGGUGUCAUUACAUUGGUUCCCAUUGCUAAGCAGUGUUACAUGGAUGGAACCUUGGUUGCCAUGCCAACAAGAUUGGCUCAAGGUUGUAUGAUAUGUUUAGGAAGGUCUAACUAUUUUCGGUUCAAUCACCCACGGGAAGCUAGAAAGAUGAAGGAAGCUAUGCCAAACUGCCGUGUCUCUUGUGCCCCAUUGCAGUUACUUCAAGAUCUGGAAAACAACCCAGAAUAUCUGAGGAUGAUCUCAGAUGCAGAGCAGACCAGUCAACGGAGACGUUCCGGGGAUCCUUCCCACACUACUGCAGACUCGUCCAGCUUUCAUGAUGGUCUGGAAGAUGACGAGUUCUUAAACAAAGUGUGUAAAUUUGAACUUAUUUCACGUGGUAAAAAUUCGCCAACAGCGAAAAGUCCAACUGUCAAAACACCAGGAAAAUUUAAUAUAACAUCACCGGACGGUAGAUCUGGUCGAAGGUCUGGUGAAAAUUUCUAUUACGGAGAAAAGUUAUUUAGUAAGGACACUGCAACCACACGUGUCUCAGCAAGCAUUUUACAGCCUGCCAAGUCACCCAAACCAGAUGUAAAUGCUCAUGAUAUUAAUGCAAACUCUGUAGGUAGUUUUGGAAGUGUUUCCAUGAGAAGGAAAUCAAAUGAAUCUAGGAAUUCUGGUUCAAGCUUUAAGUCAAGAUCUUCAACAAAGAGUAACGAAAGUCCAAACAUAUCUUUAAGUGAUACAAGCUCUAAUUCUGCUAACACCUUUUUUAAUAGCCCAGUUUCCCCUGUAAGGAAAACUGAACUUGCCACUUCACCUUUCUUUGAGGGGUCAAAUAUACAAAGGUCAGGGUCAGGUUCACAAAGGUCACCUGCAGUGGCACCAAAACCUGUUCUAGAUUCUCCAAAAGUUACAGUAGACUUUGUGCAAAGUAAACAGGACUCUAAACAAGAAAAUACUAAUCUAAGUGCUAAAGAUAAAUUAAAUGUGAGUGCCAAUGGAUUAACAAAUGGGAAGGAUUAUUUGACAAUUGAAAAGGAUGAAAAUGAUUCUGCAGGCUGCAGGAAUACAUUCGAAGGAAUUGAUUUUGAUUUUAAUGAACUGACAGAAAGUCAGAAAGAUUUAACCUUAAAGCAUAGAGAGAUAGUUGCAGAGAGAAAACAAGAACAAGAGAUGGAGAGGUUAGAGCGGCAACGUUUGGAGGAAAUUUUGAAUAUGUGUGCGGAAUAUGAGAGGCAGAUAGAAGAGGAGCAGACUCACACUUUGAAGAAACAACAUGAAAAGUUUGUAGUCACAGAAAAAACCUCAAUACCUCCAAUACCGCCUCUUCCACUACAGUAUCAGCAUUUACAAAGUAACUUUAGCAACCAAAGCCAGAGUUUACCUGGUUUUAACCAAGGUCAAAAUUCGCCACGUGUAUCACAGGUCAGUCAUCAACAAGUUCAGCCUCAUCGGCAGGUGCAAACACCAAAAGGUCUCGACUUGGAAACACAGUCUCUAGAAAGGCGUGAUAUUGCCAAGUCAGAAUAUCGUAGCUCAAUGACCAAUAAAAUAAUGACCAAUGGAUCGCUUACAAUGCUUUCGUCACCAACAAACUCACAUAAAGAAUUUUUCCUCGGUUACCAAAUGAGAAAAUGUGGGUCAAAUUCUUCAAACUCUGAGGAGGAAUCAUUAUGUGGGAGCUCAGAGGACACAGGAACAAUAAAGCGGCGACCAAAUUCAAAUCAGGGUACUUUCAGUACAGAAAGGCCAAAAAGUCCAAGGACUUCACCAAGAAGUCCUAAAUCUGUAUCAAGUAAAAAUUGUGUCCAAUCAAGUUCAGCCGCGUUUUCGCCAGACCAAUUGCAAUCAAGCAUUCAUUACAGUUCAGCAUUUUCAUCAUCCAAUCAAAACACUCCAUCGCCAUUGGUUUCUAGGUCACAAAAUGUUCAAAGUCCUCCUCAGGCAGAAAGUAAUAUAGAAAACGAUUUUGCAAAAUCAUUUAAGAUAGAGCCUCUAAGAUUGAAAAAUGUUGGUGUGGAGUUAAUGGAAAGAAAAGAUAUAGAAAAUUUAGAAGAAGGAAGUCAUGCGUCUACUUACAGUGAGCCUGAAUGUGACCUUCAAAUGAAUCAAGAUCGCCUUAACGAAUUACAAAUUCAUGAACCAGUGUCUAGUAAAACAUAUGAGGGAUCAAACCAUUAUAAUGGUCAACAAAGACAAUUGUUUGAUGGAAACAAUGCAAAUGGGGCUCCAUCAUUUAGUGCUAGAUCUCUAGAAACGGAGGCUAAUCAUUCACAUGGUGCUACUAGAAAUGUUAAUUUGUAUUCAUCUCGGAGUAAAAAUACGGAUCACCAUGACUAUGUGAAUAUAAAUGGAUCUCUUUCCUCUGAUUCCAAUAGUGAGAGUCCGGGUUCCUCCAGUACGUCAACUGUAUGCCCUACAAGUUAUCAUGGAUUUAUUAAUAAUAUUCUGUCGGCAGGUUCACCACGAUCUUCGGGGUCAAUAAGUGAAUCAAAGUCAUCGAGUAUUGAAAAUGUGACGCCUAUAAAUAGUGACAAUGAGAUUAACCUGACACUGACGAGGGGGCAGACUUCAAGAGCCUCAUCUACAGGUACUACAGACUCAAGCGAAUGUUCGUGUGGAACAAUAGAUGAAGUAGAUCCAUAUUUACAGUUGGAAAAGCUAAAGGUGAAUAAAUCUGAUCUCUUGAAGAAAAUCUCAGCUCUCAAACAGCAGAUUGUUGACAUAGAAACACAAGAAGAUGAGGCUCUCAGAGGGCUUGAGAUGGAGAGAGCGUUAUUGGAAGGUGAACAUCAGACAGAGAUGGAGCGACUACAAGACGACCAGGAAAAGAUCAGGCACCUGAGACAUAAACAAAACAUGCUGAUGGAGAAAGCUUCCAGGGAGAGAGAAAAGGAAUUGGCCAUUAUUGAACGGGAAAGGAAAAAGCUCGAAAAUCUAGAGUUACAGAAUGGCACCCUUGAAAAUCAACUCGAACUGUGUUCUAGUGAAGAUAAAAAAUCAGUCAUGGAAAAACUUCAAAAGAACAAAGAAAUGCUUGAUAAUCAAAGAAAAGUGUUUGAUGACCUGGAAUUUCAGCAAUUAGAGUCUGAAGCCAAGUUUGAAGAAGAUAAAGAACAGUCUCAGAGACGAUUGCUGGCCGACCAGAACAAUUUACUAGAUAGAUACAGGACAAGGGAGGAAAGCUUACAGCAAAUUUCCAAUCAACAAAGGGAGGCAAUCCUUAGUGUACGGAGGGACAUGGAAAGAUUUGAGGCAGAUCGGCAAAAGUCCAUAGAUCAAUUUAAACAGGAAAAAGUUAAGUUGGAAGAGGUCAUGGAGAGUAUUACAGAAAUUUCAAAAACUUUAACAAAAACGAACGGUGUAGACAAACUACUGGAAGAUAAUAGUUCUAUAGAUUUGGAUUUGCAUAUAGAGGAGAGAGAUAGUGAGCUAUCAAGGAAGAUAGAGGAGUAUUUGCAGUCUCCAACAACUAGGAACACAAACGCAUUUCGAGCCUUGGAAAAUGCCAUACAAUCGGCUAGUAAUUUGUCGUACGGUCUUCCACCAUUAUCACCGACUUCCCCGCAACCAUUGACAGGUUCAGGUGAGCGAAAGAAAUCAGCAACCCUCCUGGAAAUUGAGAAAAAUCACUCGUUCUUCCUGGAAACACAGGGUGGCAAUGUAAUUGAACAUGAAAAGCGAAGAAUUGAGGAACUGCGUCGUCGUGCCGCAGAUGAGGGCCGAGCUCAAUGGGAAGAAAAGAAAUUGCGAGAGGCAAAUUGUAAAAGCUUUAAUUCACUAGAGUCAGAGGAUUCCAGCAUCUCCAGUAGUUGUGAAACACCCUCGGAAAAAGAAAUCAGUGUGAGCAGUGGGGAGGAUAAUCUUGAGAAACUUCAAGAAUUGGAGAGAGCGCUAGCACAGGCUCAGCACGAGAAAAUGAGGCUCAUGGAGGACCAGAUGAAGUCGCGUGAGAACGAGAUGUUGGCGUUACAUGAAGAGCGACAGAAACGGGAGGAGCUUGAGAGAAAACUGCGGGAGGAAACACAACUUCGUGAAGAACUUGUCGCACAACAGAUUAAGUAUAGAGAAAAACAGAAAAUUCAGGCCCGUCCAUUAACAAGGUACUUGCCAGUGAGGAGUCAAGACUUUGAUUUAAAAGUGCAUAUAGAGACUGCUGGACACAAUUUAGAAAUGUGCCAACAUGUUGUUAUAAAUUCAAACAGUGCUAGAGGAUUUCUCGUCAAAAUGGGCGGGAAAAUUAAAACUUGGCAUAAACGCUGGUUUGUGUUUGACAGAAUAAAGAGAUCUCUAGUUUAUUAUGUUGAUAAAAGUGAAUCAAAGCCUCGCGGAGGUAUAUACUUUCAAGCAAUUGAAGAAGUGUAUGUGGAUCAUUUACGUACUGUGAAAAGCCCGAACCAAAAAUUGACUUUCUGUGUUAAAACGUACGAACGGACCUAUUUCUUAGUGGCGCCCUCUGCAGAAGCUAUGAGGAUAUGGAUUGAUGUGAUAUUCACUGGAGCAGAAGGCUACCAGCAGUUUCUUCAAUAAUAUUUAGCUAUAUUUAGAAAUAAUCGUUUCUACAGAUUUAUUUUGUUUGUUUGAAAAUAUUCCAUUACAAGUGUUUUAUGUUGCAUAACAGUUGAAAUGAUCUUUCCACCAUUAUUUAUAUCCAUUACUCAAUAAUAUGAUUAUUCAAAAUUCCGCAACAAAUGAAAAAAAGUAUCAAAUUUAUUUGUUCAUUUAUUUGUAAAAAAAAAUACUUGUCAAUUCUGUUAAAUACUGUUAAAACAUAAAUGUUGAUUCUUAAAUAGUCUCUUGCUGAGAAAUUGUUACUUACUGGUUAGUUAGCCAGUUAGGUGGACUGACCACUGAGAUAUGCCCAAAAAUGUGUUAAAAUCUCAAUAAAAAACCAUGUAAUUUACUAUUCAACAAAUAGUUAUGGUUUUGAUCUGUUGAUAUUCUUAUAUUCAUACUAAUGCUGCACUUUGUGUUUUUAUGUCUGAUAUUUUUAGCUCUGUUAGAGCAAAAAUUGUACUACUUCGAAACGUAUUUCAGCAUUUGUGAUCACUUUUGUCACAUUGUGACAUCUUUUUAAGUGUCAGAACUUUUCUUGGUACAAUGUGUAAUGAAUUACAUAUCCAAUUCAUGGCAUAUUGUGUAAUGUAUUUUAUAAUUUAUUCUAUAAAUUUUGAAACCUUAAAAGGAAUGCAUAAUUUUUUCAGUAAUUUCUAAAAAAAGAUCUCUUAUAAAUGUGUAUAUUUUUAGAUUUUAAGGACAUAGCUUCCUGGCAUAGCUUACUGGUAAUGAUUAGUGGUGCAACAAUUUUACGAGUACACCUUAAUAUUAAGAUAAAGCUUCGUCUAAAACCUACGAUGGUACAUAACUACUUGGUACCCGGAUAUUUUCAUUAAUAUCUAAUAAGAGUUAAAACUGUGAGACAUAUUUUUAUUGAAUUUGAGUUUCAUUAAAAAUUUGUUUAAGCAGCAUUUAGAAAGUAUGUUUAUAUUGAGAUAUUCUGCUUUAAUUAAAUUUUGAUAUACAUUGUUUUAGUAUAAAGAUGGACUAAGAAAUUCUGACUUUUUAAGAAUUUCAAAAUUAAUAAGUAUACAAUAAAAAACACAGUGCAAUGCAUGGUUCAAUAAUAACAUGUUUAGUUUGGAGGUUUCUUUUCUGUUUUAUGGUUUCUUUGUAUAAUUGGUUUGAAAUAUGUACCUCCAAGAUUGUAAAGAAAUUGUCAAUGCUCAUGCUCAAAUCUCUUGUAUUUGAUUGGUCCAAAGUUUGCAAGUAGAAUACACUAACCAAUGAAAAUCCUGCUCAGAAAAGUGUUUUAUAACCUCCAGCCCAGAUCUUGCAAUGGAGGCUGAGAAACUAGUGAAGCUAAAAAUAGUAGUCAUAUGACGUUGACAGUGCUUGAAUGGCAAUUAACAAUUAGACAUGCACCUUGGUAUUAAUUAAAGCUGUCAUCACAGGAUUAAAAGGAUUAAAGGAGUAAUGCAAGUUAGUUGUUUAUGAAACAAGGACCAUUUUUAGUUCUUAUUGAAAGGUGUUUUAUGAAAUUUUUAUGAAACAAGGACAAUUUCAGUUCUUGUUUUAAUUUAUAUUUAUGCAGAACUUUGUAUUUUAUCAUUGAAUUACAUAAUUUUCAAAAAUAUUAUGUGAUUUAAAUUGAAAAAUUAAGAAAUUAACUAUUACAGCAUUAGAAGAAAGAAAUUCAUUAUCUUACAUUAUCUCAAAAUUAUAAAAAAAAAAUUGACUUAGUGCAUCAGUCCAUAAUGCAAUCAUUUGAUUGUUAAUUUGGGAUAUAUGAUAUUCGAAAUUGACCAAUGAUAGUAGUGUAUUGGCAGACUUGUGUUAAAAAUUAAAUUUAUAUUACGAAAACUUAAGAUUGAAGACCAGUCUGAGUAUAGCUUGAAUUUCAAGCUUCUUAUACAAAAGGCCUCUCUUGGGCGUUAUGCUAUGUUGCAGAAAGAACGUUUCCUUAUGGGGUCAACUGGCCGUGAUUAAGGUUUAUUGUUUUACUUUCCCCUUUGUUACAUGAUAAUUAGAUUCAUAUAUUUGCUUUGUUUUCUACUGUUUUUGCAUACAUGAUAGAAAGUUUAUAUGUUGUAUUCCCCUACAAAUGAGCUUUGAUAUAAAGAUUAAAAAUUUU